UCCCUCCAUCACAAUUUAGUAAAAGAUGCGAAAAGUUUUUUUCGGUUUGCUUGCACUUGGUUGUGUUGCUUACACGACAUUAGCACAAACCGGUAAGCUACAACCUGUCUCUGCGAGAAAGAAACCUGCUAAUCUCUAUUUUUCUGUGUUCAGCUGAAGAGUAUAAAGUAACAUCUCUACCUGGUAUUGACCUCGAAACAUUGAACUUUACACAAUAUGCAGGACACAUUGAAAUAGCAAGUGAAACCAACUCAAACAUAUUCUUUUGGAUGAUUGAAGGGGAAGAAAAAGUAGAGCAAGAGAAAUUAAUUAUUUGGCUAAAUGGUGGCCCAGGCUGCUCAAGUAUGGAUGGUCUGUUUUUAGAAAAUGGUCCCUUCAGAGUCCAAACGGAUUUAACGUUAACGAUUAAUCCGGGAGGGUGGCAGAAUUAUGCAACCAAUGUAUAUGUGGAUCAGCCUGUAGGAACUGGGUUUAGUUUUGCUAACACAGAUAGUUACAUGCAUAAUAUGAAUCAGAUUACAGAUGAGUUUAUUUUGUUUAUCGACAAACUUUUUGUGACGUUUCCUCAUCUUGCAAAACAAGACUUUUAUAUUGCUGGUGAAAGUUAUGCUGGUACAUAUAUUCCUUAUUUUACUGCAAAAUUAUUAGAGUUGAACAAGAAGGAGAAGAAGUACAAUGUGCAAGGUAUUGCUAUAGGAAACGGCUGGAUAUCUGCGCAACAUCAAUAUGAUGCAUAUUACGAUUAUAGUGUUGCAAACAACUUAAUAUCUCCUGAUCGCAUGCCUUUAAUUUCCACCCAUCUUAAAUCGUGUAAAGAAGAGCUCAAGACAAAAGACACAAUUCAUGUAAGCACCUGUGAAAGAAUCUUGACAGAUGUUAUUGACAGCAGUACUCAUGAUGACGAGAACGGCGAGAGAAGAUGUUUAAAUAUAUAUGACAUUCGAUCCAAGGAAGAGCCAUCACCCGAAUGUGGAUUAAGCUGGCCUUAUGAAUUAAGCGACGUUACAAACUAUUUACGACAACCCGAAGUCAAAAAGGCUGUUCAUGCAGAAAAACAAAUUUUAGGUUGGAAAGAAUGUACUUCGCUUGUCUCCAUUGAAUUACAUGGAGAUGACAGUAAGCCCUCAUAUAGUCUUUUGCCCGACAUCUUGAAAGAAAUUCCCAUCUUGCUCUUUAGUGGAGAAUACGAUUUAAUUUGUAAUUAUAUUGGUACCGAAUAUUUGAUUGGUAACAUGACAUGGAAUGGAUCCAGAGGAUUUGGAAAGAAGACGAAAAAGGAAGAUUGGAAAAUUGACGACAAGGUAGUGGGUUACUAUACGCAGGAGAGAAAUUUGACCUAUGUUUUAAUCAACGAUGGAAGUCAUAUGGUGCCUUACGACAGACCCAUUGAAUGUCUUGACAUGAUCAAUCGAUUUAUGAAUGUUGGUAACAAUAAGGUGAAAGGGCUCAAAAGUCAAGUUGGCGAUCGAUUACCUGUCAUCCCUACCCCUGAUCAACCUACUAAUGGUACACAAAACGACGAGGGUAAAAAAGAAGGUACAAAUGAGGGCAAAAAGGAAAGUACAAAUGACGGUAAAACCGAAAGUGAUACCAAGGGUGGUGAUGAGACCACGGAAGGAGUCACGGUGGAUGAUGAAUGGAGUAAAUACUAUAGUUGGGGAACUACAACAUUAGUUAUUGUGAUAUUAUUUGCCCUUACCUUAUGCUGUUGCUGGUGCCGUGGCAAUAAGCGACCUUCUGCUUCUGCUUUGGAUGAAUUUGGCGGCGCUCCUCAACGCGAACGCGAAGGUGUGAAAAAGGCUGGGUUAUUUGGAUAUAUCCAAAACUUUUUCAAGUCAAACAAAACAGACGAAAGAAGAAAGUUUCGUCUUGAUGAUAAUGAUGAGUCAAAUGAAUUGGAUGAGCUUGUUAUAGAGACACCCACCUUGUUUGAAGCUGAAGAAGGCGAUUCAGAUCGUGAAGCUCAACCACAUCGAUUUGCUAUUGACGAUGACGAAACUGAUGAUGAUUUCGAAGACUUUGCUGAUUUUGACGAUGGCGAGGCUUUAACCAACUCCAAAAAAUCAAAAAGAAGGGAUUAAUUAGCCCAAAAAAAUAAAUAAAAAACGUUAAUUA